GUUCUGUUCCGUUCCCACCCUUUGGACUUGACCUUAUUGUCAGAGUACAUCAGACGUUUCUUUUCAUGAUAGUUUUGUGUUAAUUGUAUUUUUAAUAUUAUUCUUCUCUUCAAACGGAAAUUAGAAGAUGGCCGUGGCUACCAGGGCGUUUUCAAAAUUUACAGUCAGGAACUGUGGAAGUUUAUUAAGAUCACAAGUAAGAUGUAAUUAUACAGAAACUAGGAAAAAUUUAAAAAUUGAUGCAAAUACUAAAGUAAUAUGUCAAGGUUUUACUGGGAAGCAAGGCACUUUCCAUUCUCAACAAGCUCUUGACUAUGGUACAAAGAUAGUAGGUGGAGUUAGUCCAAAGAAGGCGGGAACAGAACAUCUUGGAAAACCAGUAUAUAAGUCAGUAAAGGAGGCAAAAGAGGCUACUGGAGCUACUGCAACAGCUAUUUAUGUUCCUCCUCCAGCUGCAGCUUCAGCCAUUAUGGAAGCAAUAGAGGCUGAGAUGCCAUUGAUUGUCUGUAUUACAGAGGGUAUUCCUCAACAUGAUAUGGUAAAAGUAAAGAGACGUUUACUUGAACAGAAUAAAUCUCGUUUAAUCGGUCCAAACUGUCCUGGAAUAAUAGCACCUGAACAGUGUAAAAUCGGUAUUAUGCCUGGCCAUAUACAUCAAAAAGGGAAAAUUGGUAUUGUAUCCAGGUCGGGAACUCUAACUUACGAGGCUGUGAAUCAAACAACUCUUGCUGGACUCGGGCAAACAUUAUGCGUUGGUAUUGGCGGCGAUCCAUUCAAUGGCACUGAUUUUAUCGAUUGUUUAGAGGUGUUUCUUACCGAUUCAGAUUGCGAUGGUAUCAUAAUGAUAGGAGAAAUUGGUGGCAGUGCGGAAGAAUCAGCAGCGGAGUAUCUCAUCGAGAAAAAUACUGGUGCGAAAUCUAAGCCAGUAGUAUCGUUUAUCGCUGGCAUUACUGCACCACCUGGACGAAGAAUGGGACAUGCUGGUGCCAUAAUUUCAGGAGGAAAAGGUGGAGCGCAAGAUAAAAUUAAUGCACUUGAGAAGGCUGGAGUAAUAGUAACAAGGAGUCCUGCGCAAAUGGGCAAUGAACUUCUGAAAGAAAUGACACGAUUGGGUUUAGUUAGUAAUUAAACUCGCACUCCUAUAAUUCUGUGUAGUUUUCUUCGUGUCUAAAUACGUCUUCAUGUGGAAUCAAUGGAAAGUAUGUCAUACAGCAAUAACACACAGAAUAUAGCGGUGUAAUAAUAAUAAAGUACGAAAAAAAGUUAUUCUUAUGAAUAAAACAUUGAAUUCUGGUCGUAAUAUAAAACAUAUAUAAAACUAUGCUGGUACCUGCUAAAAAUUACAGUUAAAAUCAGUUUUUAAAGACCUAACUUUAUUUUAAUAACACAUUGUUUAUAUUAUAUUUACCUUAUCUAUUCUGUUAACAGAUGUGUCUUGAUAAAUUACAUCUUCAUGUUAUAAACAGUCUAAGAAAUUGUUAAACUGCCAUUAACUUACAGUUUUAACUAAUAUAUAAAAAGAUAUAAAUUUUUCUAUAUGUAAGUAUAUAAGUUUGAAAAAUGGUUGAUUAUAUAUACAGUGUACUAUUAUUGUAAAUUGUAUUCAGCAUAUAACAAAUAUAUCAAACAUAUGUCCUUUAUGAAUAACAUGUUAAAAACUGAAAUAUAUAUAAAUAUUACUGCUUA